AUGCACGGCUCAUUGGGGUCACCAAUUUUCUUAAAGUUUAAUAGAAAGUGGAAAUUACUUUUGGACAAGGACAGGAAGAAUCUUCAGGUCCACUUCGUCCAAGGGGUGGAUCCCAUUUCACUGCUAGCAAGCUUCGCUGUCUUUACUGAUGAACAGAAAAUCGAGGCCUAUAGGGAGAUUGCUCCCUGCAGGAUUCAUCUCAAAGAGGGCGAGCACUUAGGAAAAUCGGUGGAGGUCAUCACCAUAAAAAUGGAAAUAGUGAAGCUACAUGUCGGUGCCGACGAAUGUAAUGAACAGACUCAUAAUUGUCAUAAGAACGCAGACUGUGUUGAUUUACCUGAAGGGUUUAAUUGUAACUGUAAAAGUGGAUUUAGUGGUGAUGGACAAACGUGCGAAGAUAUCAACGAAUGUGAAUUUCCUACUGCUUGCCACAAAGAUGCAUAUUGCAAUAAUUAUAGAGGUUCUUACAAUUGCACUUGUGUGUCUGGAUACAAUGGCAAUGGAACAGUCUGCUUAGGGCCAGAAAAAUGCAAAGCACCACUGGACCUUAUAUUUUUACUGGACGCAUCAGGGAGCGUUGAGGCUAGUAACUACAUCAAAGAGAAGGAAUUCAUAAAGAUCGUUGUCAGCAGAUACGAUGUAGAGACCGUGAAUAAAGCUGCUGUUAUAGUAUUCAGUACGGCAGCCUCGAACGUAAUUCCAAUGGGUUCAGAGACAACACCUUUAUCCUUCGCAUUGGCUGUAGAUGAUAUCCCUUAUGAUGCAAGUUCGACGCGUAUUGAUCUCGCCCUUCGGCUGGCGUACGAUGAAUACUUUUCAGGAAAAAACACGGAUGAGACUCAGAAACUAAUUAUCUUGUUAACUGAUGGAAUACAAACUCGUUUCAAUUCAAUGAGUCCGGCCUACAUUCCAAUAGAGGUUACAGCAGAGCGUCUUCGAUUAAAAUCAGCCAGAAUUAUUGCCGUUACUAUCGGUCAAAAUAUCAAUAUGAGAGAGAUGAGGACAGUGACUGAACGAGAAGAAGAUAUCUUUCGUAUGACGGAAUUCAACGACUUGGUGGCAAACGCUGACAUAAUAUCAAAGACAUCUUGUGUAAAUGCUCUUCAGACUCAAGGGAUCACGUUUUGCAGUGUCGACCCUAAUCUCUCCAAUUGUCAGUUUCCAGCCUAUUGCUUCAACGCUACAAAUAACACAUCGUGCGUUUGUAGCCCUGGUUACCUUGGUGAUCCGCUUAAUUGUGAAGACAUAAAUGAAUGUACCGAUGGAACGCAUGACUGCCACAUCUCCGCCUAUUGUGUCAACAUCCCUGGCUCCUAUAACUGUUCAUGCAAACAUUCCGGAUACAGUUAUAAUGGCAGUAUUUGUGUCGAUAUCGAUGAAUGUGCUCAGAAAAUUGAUAACUGCGAUGUCUCUGUGUCAGAAUGUAUCAAUACUCAAGGAUCUUACAAUUGUUCCUGUCUCAAGGAAAACUAUGCUUGGAAUGAAAGUACCUGCAUUGGUAAAAAUAUCCUCAUGCUAAACUAA